GGGGCUUUCGACAUUGUUGGGAGUGAGACUCAGUUUUCUCGAAGUGAUGGGAAGGCAGCCUUGUUGCGACAAGCUUGGUGUGAAAAAAGGGCCUUGGACAGCCGAGGAAGACAGAAAAUUGGUCAAUUUUAUUGUCACUCACGGCCAGUGUUGCUGGCGUAGCCUCCCCAAGCUCGCUGGCCUCCGCCGUUGUGGCAAAAGUUGUCGUCUCCGCUGGACCAAUUACCUCCGCCCCGACUUGAAACGUGGCCUUCUCAAUCAAGAUGAAGAGCAGCUUGUUAUUGACCUGCAUGCCCGCCUUGGCAAUAGGUGGUCCAAAAUAGCAGCAAGAUUUCCCGGAAGAACUGAUAACGAGAUAAAGAAUCAUUGGAACACCCACAUUAAGAAAAAGCUUAUUAAGAUGGGGAUUGAUCCUGUUACACAUGAGCCUCUUCAGAAACCAGACACCCAACAUGAGCCAUCCUAUAGCCAUGGAGCCAAUGAUUAUCACCCAAAUCUUGAUAAAAACCAGCUAGAGUUGCCCAAAAUAUGCGCCAAUGUCUCUUCUACUGCUGCUGAUGUAUUGAGGACAUCAUCGGAGACCGGGAGCGAUGAGGAUCCAUUGAUGAACUUGAUAUGGUCUGAUGCAUUUCUCAAUGACUUGUCGUGGAACUUAACUGGCCUGGAUUCCUGGGAAGAAUGUAGUGAAGUUGGGCUUUUUUCAUCGGAAUUGUUGGAAAAUGGGAAUGCGAUAGAUGGUUAUCACAGUUUCGGAUUUGGUGGCUUCACUGAAAUUGACUUCAAUUCCCUUGACAUGGGUGCCAAGUUUUAGCCUACGCUUAAUACCACUGCCUCUUUGCACUCAUUUAAACCCCCCCAAAAAUGUUUAGCAACAAAAGAAAGAAAAAUCAAAACAGCUAUUAGGUCUUCAUUAAUGAAUCCUGAAUUCCUUGAGCUUAAUUUCCAGUUAUAAUCUGUUCAUCCCUCGGUUAGAAUAAAGAAGAACAAGGGGGAAAAACUCUUUAUCCUUUUUUAUUUCAACUUAAAUAAACGUGGAAUGUUGAUUUGUAUUAA